CACAGCACUGUUAAAACAGUCUAUUAAUGUGUCAGUAUGGGGUCCAGUGCACUGCCUGUCAUACUCUUGCUGAUGUCCUUCAUCCACUCUGGACUUACUCAAGAUUUACCCACAUCUACACUGACUGUGACACCAGACAGUUUUGUAUUCAUUGGGGAGACAGUCAAUCUGAAGUGUGUGAUUGAACCUGAUUACGGUGACUGGAGAUAUGAGUGGUAUAAAGGCUGUACAGAGUUAAAACCGUCUGAUCAUUACACUAUAUGCAGAGACACUCUCACUAUUGGAGGAGUUAUUGAGUCUGAUCAGGGUCAGUACUGGUGUAGAGGACAGAGAGAUGGAAGACCAGCAUCAUCACAAGAAAGCUGUGAAGUUCAUCUCAGUGUGAACGUUAAACCACAUGUGAUUCUGACGGUAAAUCCUCAGAGUUCAGUGUUCCCUGGGGAGACCGUUACUCUGAGCUGUGAUGUGGGACAGUUAACUGGAUGGACAAUUCACUGGAGAAAAGACUCAAACCCUGAAUCCACGGGUGGUCCAACUAAAACAAUCAAGUCUGUGAGUGUCUCUGAUGGAGGAUAUUACUGGUGCGUAGCAAAACAAGGCUACUACUACAGCGAGUUCAGUAAUGCAGCUGGGAUAACAGUAGAAGAUUUACCCACAUCUACACUGACUGUGAAACCAGACAGUCUUGUAUUCACUGGAGAGACAGUAAAUCUAAAGUGUGUGAUUGAGUCUCACAGUAACUGGAGAUAUGAGUGGUAUAAAGGCAAAGACAGUGUAAUGUUACAGACGUCUGAUCAUUACACUGUAAACAGAGACACUCUCACUAUCAGAGGAGCUACUAAGUCUGAUCAGGAUCAGUACUGGUGUAAAGGACAGAGAGAUGAAAGACCAAAAUCAUCACAAUCAAGCUCUGCUGUUUCUCUUACUGUAAAGAAUUUACCCACAUCUACACUGACUGUGACACCAGACAGUCCUGUAUUCACUGGAGAGACAGUCAAUCUGAAGUGUAAGAUAAAGCCUGAUCACAGUGACUGGAGAUAUGAGUGGUAUAAAGGCAGCACUAAAGUGUCUGAGCAUCACACUGUAAACAGAGACACUUUCACUAUCAGAGGAGUUAAAAAGUCUGAUGCGGGUCAGUACACGUGUAAAGGACAGAGAGAUGGAAAACCAAACUCAUCACAAUCAAGCUCUGCUGUUUCUCUCUCUGUGACGGAUUUACCCACAUCUACACUGACUGUGACACCAGACAGUCCUGUAUUCACUGGAGAGACAGUCAAUCUGAAGUGUAAGAUAAAGCCUGAUCACAGUGACUGGAGAUAUGAGUGGUAUAAAGGCAGCACUAAAGUGUCUGAGCAUCACACUGUAAACAGAGACACUUUCACUAUCAGAGGAGUUAAAAAGUCUGAUGCGGGUCAGUACACGUGUAAAGGACAGAGAGAUGGAAAACCAAACUCAUCACAAUCAAGCUCUGCUGUUUCUCUCUCUGUGACGGAGAGACCAAAACCUGUAGUGAAGGUGACGCCAGAUCAGCGUGUGUUCAGAGGAGAGACAGUCACUCUCACAUGUGACAUACAGGGAGGAGGAAACAUUCAGUGGACAUACAGCUGGUUUAAAGAUGGUUCAGUCAUCAGACACGUCACUGAGAGAGUCUACACCAUCUCACAUCUGUCUGAUAGUGGUGAAUACAGCUGUAGAGGAGAGAGAUCAGACUCACAGAGAUCAGACAUCAGUGCUGCUGUUACACUGACUGUAUCAGGUCUAAAGCCAAAGCCUGAACUCACAUCAGAUCCUGCAGGAGCUGCACUGACAGGAAACACAGUGACUUUGAUCUGUCGCAUGGAUCCGUCCACUGGAUGGGACUUUUACUGGUACAAACACACACUGAACUCUGAGACAAAGAAGACAGAAACAAACUCCUACAGACUGAAGAUUGAUUCAGUGUCUGAUGGAGGCCAGUACUGGUGUAGAGCUGGAAGAGGGAAACCAGUCUACUACACACAAUACAGUGAUGCACUGUGGGUAAAUGUUACAGUGACUCCUAAAGCUGUGGUGACGGUACGACCUGAUGAACGAGUGUUCAGAGGAGAAACAGUCACUCUCAGAUGUGAUAUAAAGUGGGGAGGAGACACUGAGUGGACGUACAGAUGGGAAAUAGAGGGAACAAACUACCAACAUAAAAACUCUGUCAGCCGAAUCUCAACACAAGAGUGGAACAUCAGCAGUGUUAAUCAUGUUCACAGCGGUAAAUACACCUGUACAGGACAGAUGGAUAAACAAAGCUCUCAGCGCAGUGAUGCUGUUACACUGAAUGUAUCAGCUGAAGCUCAGGCAGCAGUGCGAGUGUCUCCACAGCCGUGGCUGACUGAAGGAGACUCAGUGACUCUGAUCUGUGAGGUUACAGGCUCCUCUACAGGCUGGACGUUCAGCUGGUUCAGAGAUGAUGAUCAUCUGUCAGACAGCAGCAGAGGAGCUGGAGGCUCUUACACUCUCAGUCCUGCUGCUCUACAGCACACAGGAGUUUAUACGUGCAGAGCAGAGAGAGGACGACCGGCCUAUUACACAAACUACAGUAACACACAGCCACUGUGGAUCAUUGGUGUUUCUCGUUCAGUGUCUCUGGUGGUCAGUCCCAGCAGAAGUCAACACUUCUCAUCUGACUCUCUCUCUCUGAGCUGUGAGGAUCAGAGUAACUCUGCUGGAUGGACAGUGAGAAGAUACACAGACAGAAACACUGAAGAUUGUAUAAAACAAACAGGAUCUACAUGUCGAAUCGUCUCUCUCAGCACAUCUGACACUGGAGUUUACUGGUGUCAGUCUGAAUCUGGAGAGAAACGUCAUCCUCUCAACAUCACUGUACAUGAUGGUGAUGUGAUUCUGGUGAGUUCUGUUGAUCCUGUGAUUGAGGGAGAUACUCUGACUCUACACUGUUUACAUCGAUCUACAAACUCCCCCGAUCCUACAGCUGAUUUCUAUAAAGACGGGUCACUCAUCCAGAAUCAGACGACAGGAGAGAUGAACAUCACUACUGUCUCAAAGUCACAUGAGGGUUUCUACUACUGUAAAACAGAGAGAGGACAGUCACUCCACAGCUGGAUCUCAGUCAGAGUCUCAGCAGCUUCAUUAUCUCCUCUUCUGGUCACUGGUGUGGUUGUGGGAUUGAGUGUUUCCCUGUUGAUCUUCAUCUCACUGGUGCUGCUGUGGAGAUACAAGAAGAACAAAGGUUCUGAUCACAUUUAUGAAGUUGUGACUGAAAUGAAUAAGAGAGACAAAGAUGAUCCGAAACCAUUGGCAGACGUCACAUAUUCAGUGAUCACUGUUAAUAAAAUAAAGGACAAAGACAAUACUGCAACAAAGCCAAAUAAUGUGACAUACUCAGAAGUCAGAAGAAAAGAAAAGAAAUCCAAAAGCAAAGGUGCUGAUGCUGGUGAUGCAACUUAUGCUCAACCUAUUAGGAAGAAAAACAAAACACGUCCGUGAGUGCAGUGAAGACAACAGACGGUUAAAGGAGAUUCACACCAGCAGAAACAGUAACGCUUGCAUUGCUUAACAAAUUAAUCUGAGUGAACUGCUUAUGCACAUGCUUGAUUGAAAGACUUUAGAGAUACAU